AUGCCUGGGUAUACUAAUUCAUAUAGUGGCGGUCCCGCCUUGACCAAGGUUCGCGUGGAAAACCUUCACUACGACAUCACCGAGAGUGAUCUGGAAGACCUCUUCGGCCGAAUUGGCCCUGUUCAAGAACUUUCCCUCGUUUAUGACCGCGCUGGACGCUCCGAGGGCGUUGCCUUUAUCACAUACGAGAGACUGAGAGACGCGCACGACUCGGUCCGCGAAUUCGACGGCGCUAACGCAAAGGGCCAACCCAUCCGCCUCUCCCUUGUACCUGGCCGCCGCGAGCGUACUGGCGGUACCCUCUUCGACCGCGUGGAGCGCCCGAUGAGCCCUGAAAGCGAGACCGAAGGUGGAGACAGACGUCGCCGUGGAGCUGGAGGCCGCGGCCGCCGCAGCGACAUAAGCAAGCCUGCCCCCGACCACAUCGACCGAUACAUCCCCGGUCAACGCGACGCAGGUCGCAAUGGUGGCCGCCGUGGAGGUGGCCGCGACAACCGUCCCCGCAACACUGAGAAUGGAGGCCGUCGCUCGAACGCUCGUCCCCGUAAAACACAGGAGGAGCUCGAUCAGGAGAUGGAGGACUACUGGGGUGGCAAGAAUGAUAAUGAGGGCGCUGGCGAACAGCCUGUCCAAGACGCCCCGGUUGCUACUGAUGCCCCCGCGCCUGCGCCUGCGCCUGCUGGUCACGACAACGAUGACAUCGAUAUGAUUGAGUGA